UUCUCUCUCCUCCUCCUCCCGUUCCCGAGGUCCCUCCCGGGCUCGGAAAGGCACCGAGAGAGAACCCCAAUGCAUAGCCCAUCCCUCUAAAAAUUCAAUUCAAACACAAAAGAGAAAGGGAAAAAAUAUAGAGAAAGCUAGACCAUGAUUCGCCAUAAAAUGGAGUUACUCCUCCCGGUCGUCUUCCUCAUCGCCUUCGCCUCGUCGGUGAGUGGAGACUCGUCGGCGCAGUUCACGCCGACAGACAACAUCCUCAUCGACUGCGGCGCCACCUCCCCUGUCACCAUGCCCGAUGGCCGCACCUUCAAGACCGACCCCCAGACCAAUUCCCACCUCUCAGCGAAGGACGAGAUCCAAGUGUCGGUCGCCAAUGCCACCACCGACGUCCCCUCGCCGCUCUACCUCUCCGCCCGGAUCUUCCGCCAGGAAGCCAUCUACAACUUCCGCCUCAACCGCCCCGGCUGGCAUUGGAUCCGCCUCCAUUUCUACCCCAUCAACAACCCCGACUUCGACCUCACCAAGGCCUCCUUCGGCGUCCAGACGGACGUCAACGUCCUCCUCCACAACUUCUGCGUCGACAAUCCAAACCAGUGGGUCCUCAAGGAGUUCCUUAUCAACGCCACCGAGGAUGAUCACCUCAAGCUCAAAUUCCAGCCGCUCACAGACAAGGUCGCCUUCAUCAAUGCAAUCGAGGUCGUCUCGGCCCCCGAUAUGCUAAUCUCCGAUACUGGCUCCACGCUCGUCCCCGUUGGCGAGACCGACGGCCUCUCGAGGCACGCCUACCAGACCGUCUACCGCCUCAACGUGGGCGGGCCCGUACUCACCUCCGCCAAUGACACCCUCGGCCGCCGAUGGGAGCGGGACACCCCGUAUCUGACAUCCAAUGCCACCUCCGCCACUGCAUCGGUGUCCCCCAGCGUCGUCAAGUUUCCCGACGGAACCUCCCCAUUGAUCGCCCCCAACUUGGUCUACGCCACCGCUGCGAAGAUGGCAGACGCAAAAACCGGGAGACAGAACUUCAACGUCUCAUGGCAUCUCGAGGUCGACUUGGAUUUCAGCUACCUCGUCCGCCUGCACUUCUGCGACAUCAUCAGCAAAACGCUCAACGAUCUCUACUUCAACGUCUAUAUUAACGGGAAGAUGGCCAUUUCCGGGCUGGACUUGUCUACCCUCACAGGUGACCUCGCCGCGGCUUACUACAAAGAUUUCAUCAUCAACUCCACCACCGACCAGAUCGCCUUGCAGAUUGGCCCGUUCAACCAAGACACGGGCAGUAUCGAUGCAUUGUUGAAUGGCGUGGAGGUUCUGAAGAUGAACAAUUCGGUCGGGAGCUUGGAUGGUGUUUUCGGAAUAGACGGCAAAAAGGCCGACGAUAGUAUCUCGAGCCGCAAGGUGGUCGCCGCAGUUGGAUUCGCCAUGAUGUUUGGGGCCUUCGCUGGGCUUGGUGCCAUGGUGGUUAAGUGGUACAAGAGACCGCAGGACUGGGAGAGGAGAAAUAGCUUCUCUUCAUGGCUCCUCCCCAUCCACACCGGCCAUUCCAGCUUCAUGAACAGCAAGGGAUCCGGCUUCGGCUCCCACAAGAGCGGCUUCACCUUCUCCUCAACCAUGGGGCUGGGCCGGUAUAUGUCGUUUGCCGAGUUGCAGGCCGCAACGAAGAACUUCGAUCCGAACACCAUCAUCGGCGUUGGGGGGUUUGGGAAUGUGUACCUCGGCGAGCUCGACGACGGGACGACGGUGGCCGUCAAGCGUGCGAAUGCGGAGUCUGAGCAGGGGAUCACCGAAUUCCAAACUGAGAUCCAGAUGCUGUCGAAGCUCCGCCACCGCCACCUUGUCUCGCUGAUCGGAUAUUGCGACGAGAACUCCGAAAUGAUCCUGGUGUACGAGUACAUGAAGCACGGGCCUUUCAGAGAUCACAUCUAUGGGAAGGACCUGCCACCGCUGUCAUGGAGGCAGCGGCUCGAGAUUUGCAUCGGGGCGGCGCGCGGACUACACUACCUCCACACCGGCACGGCGCAGGGCAUCAUCCACCGUGACGUCAAGACCACCAACAUUCUCCUCGACGAGAACUUCAUCGCCAAGGUCUCCGAUUUCGGGCUCUCGAAGGAUGCGCCAGGGAUGAACCAGACGCAUGUCAGCACGGCAGUGAAGGGGAGCUUCGGCUACCUCGACCCGGAGUACUUCCGGUGCCAGCAGCUCACUGAGAAGUCCGAUGUGUACUCGUUCGGCGUCGUGCUGCUCGAGGCCCUCUGUGCGAGGCCUGUGAUCAACCCGGCGCUCCCGAGGGAGCAGGUAAACCUCGCUGAGUGGGCAUUGCAGUGGAAGAGGAAGGGGUUGAUCGAAAAGAUCAUCGACCCAAACCUUGCAGGAACGAUCAACAAGGACUCGCUGAACAAGUUCGUCGAGGCCGCUGAGAAAUGCUUGGCCGAGUACGGUGUCGAUCGGCCAUCGAUGGGCGAUGUGCUGUGGAACCUCGAGUAUGCGCUUCAGCUGCAGGAUGCCAAUCCGCCGACGCCGCCUGCUCCUAAGAAAGGCGAUGGCAGCGUGUCGGCCGGAUCCUCUUCUUCAUCGGAGGGCGAUUCCCCUCGGGCGGUGGCUGAGGAGGCUGCUGAGAUCCGUGUCAUUAGCCAUGAUGCAGUGGAGAAUUCUAGCACGGCGGUGGCGAACGAGUUGUUUGCCCAGCUUGCAGGGAUGAAAGGAAGGUGACGAAGUCUGUUAGCAUAAGUAACUCCAGUAUCUUCUGUAACAAAAAGUAAUCCAAGGAUUACGAGAGGGAUUGUUGGGCUUGUGAUUGGAUGGAUAGGUUCAAUUCUCUCUUGUUUUUGCCUAGCUCUCUUCGUGUCAUAUGAGAGUUAUCUGGUAUUAUAAGAUGAUUUGGCUUGGUCCGGCUGGUGCUACGAUAUUAACAUAAUAUAAAACUAUUAUAUGUAAUAGGAAGAGACCAUGGAGAUUUCGAUCAGUUUCAAGGUAUACAUGCAAA